UGCUGUGCAUAUGCUUAAGACCAUAGAUGCCAUGGACCCUUGGGAAGAUCUCACUGAGCUUGGUUAUCACCUCACUGAAUUGCCUGUAGAGCCACACCUCGGUAAAAUGGUGUUGUAUGCUGUAGUUCUGAAGUGCCUGGACCCCGUUCUGACCAUUGCCUGUGCUCUUGCCUGCCAAGACCCUUUUGUGCUGCCCACGCUGGCCUCCCAAAAGCGAGCAGCCGUGCUGUGCAGGAAGCGUUUUGCUGCCGGGACGUUCAGUGACCACAUGGCCCUGCUCAGGGCUUUCCAGGCAUGGCAGAAGGCCCGCAGUGACGGCUGGGAGAGAGCCUUCUGUGAAAAGAACUUCGUAUCCCAAGCCACAAUGGAAAUCAUUGCAGGAAUGAGAACACAGUUGCUUGGCCAGCUUAGAGCCUCAGGUUUUGUGAGAGCCAGAGGAGGAGCUGAUAUUAGAGAUGUUAAUGCUAACUCUGAGAACUGGGCUGUGAUUAAAGCUGCCUUAGUGGCUGGGAUGUAUCCCAAUCUGGUGCAUGUAGACAGAGAAAGCCUGCUGUUGACUGAACCAAAGGAGAAGAAAGUGCGAUUUCAUCCUACCUCUGUUCUUGGCCAGUCUCAGUGUAAAAAGAUUGCCCCAGCAAAUGGACAAGCUGCAGCCAUCCAGGCCCUCCCUACAGACUGGCUUAUAUACGAUGAAAUGACGGCAGCUCACAGGACAGCAAACAUCAGGUGCUGCUCUGUUGUGACACCUGUCACCGUGUCCCUCUUCUGUGGACCAGCCAGACUGCCAAGUAAUGCCUUGCAGGCAUCUUCAUCCUUUCGAGGGGGAUGGGUAUCUAAUGAUAGCAGUGACAGUGAGAUGGAGGACAAAACAGCUGCUGAUCUGCCACUGCUGAAGCUGGAUGAAUGGCUCCAUCUCAAACUGGACCCUGAAAACUGGAAUUCACUGCAGGCUGCUGGUAUGCUGCUGCAACUCAGGCAGAAGUGGCACAGCUUGUUCCUGCGUCGUAUGCGAGCUCCUUCUAAGCCGUGGUCUCAGGCUGAUGAAACAACUGUAAGAGCAAUUACAGCUGUUCUGAGUGCUGAAGAACAGUCUGCAGGUCUGCAGCAGCCUUCAGGAAUUGGCCAGAGACCAAGACCUGUGACUUGUGAAGAGCUUCCUUUGACAUCUACAUGGAAGUCAACCAACAGCAGAAAAAGCUCAACAGAAACUGAAUUGUCUGCCUCCUCUCAUGCUGAAAAGGUUUCAGUGAAAUCUGCUUCUCCUGCACUCCGCCAGCCAAAGAAGUACAAAGAAAAAGACAUUUUGCUCUCCAGACGAUCCUCAGCUGACAAACCAGCUCAGUCCUCAGUGAAGCCUGCAGAGAGCAGUAGCUAUUCCAGCCCCUGUGCUAGUCCUCCUUCUCCAGUGUCUGGAAAGGUAGAGUUCUCUAACAUAUCACCCUGCUCUUCCAAAGUAAUAGAAUUUCUUGCUGAUCUCAUUCUGCAAUUAGGUAUUUUACUGAUAAAUUAGGAACCUAACUUAACUUUCCAUUUAUAACAGCUGCAUAAUACUUCCUUCUGGAACUUAAAAUCUAGAU